UCAACAGAAGGAAGUAAAUUUAGCUAAACGCACCUCAUUAUACCAAAGGAGAAUCACCAAAACAUGCAUACAAAAUCAAAUCUUUAAAUUCAGAGCAUUUGUAGAAAACCCUCAGUCUCUCACUGGUAGCUUGUGAAAACCACCCAAGAAAUAAAGAGAGCAAAUUUCUAGUCAAAAACAAAACCCAUUACUCCCACUUGGUACUUCUAAUUCUCUUACUCAACGCUCUUGAUCUUUUCUUUCUCUUCUGUCUUUACUCUUCACUUCACCCAUCUUCUAUCUUAUCUUUUUUCAUACAUCUUAACUUCACCCACAUUCAAUAACUUGCUGAAAAUCCACCUAAUGGGUGAUCUCAUCGAUUUUUCGAUGUCUUCUCUGCUUCUGCUGCUGCUUACGUUGGCGGGCUUGUUUCUGAUAAGAGUAGAAUCGAAGACCUAUUGGCAAGACGUUGAGGUUUUGAAAGAGCUUAAAAAUGGGCUUGACCCAACCUCUGUUACUCCUGGCUCCUGCUUGAGCUCUUGGGACUUCUCUGUUGACCCUUGCGAUAAUUUAUUCAGUGACCGAUUCACUUGUGGGUUUAGGUGCGAUCUUCUUGUCUCCAGCAUGAGUCGAGUCACCGAACUCAGUCUUGAUCAGGCUGGUUACUCUGCUUUGCUUGCUACCAUUUCUUGGAAUCUGCCUUAUUUGCAGACUCUAGACCUGUCAAGCAAUAAUUUCUAUGGCCAAAUUCCUGAGUCCCUCUCCAACCUCACUCGGCUGAGCCGACUUAGCCUUUCAAGAAACUGGUUUUCUGGCCAGAUACCCAUGUCCCUAGGCUCACUCGCUAACCUCGAGGAGCUAUACCUCGAUAACAACAUCCUUCAAGGCACAAUUCCUGCAAGUUUCAAUGGUCUAAUGAGCUUGAAAAGGCUCGAAAUUCAGUCGAACAAGCUAUACGGUGAGUUUCCCGAGUUGGUUUCUCUGAAAAACCUCUAUUUUUUAGACGCUAGUGACAACGCUAUAUCUGGUGAAGUCCCGGCUACGCUCCCAUCAUCUCUGGUUCAAAUCUCCAUGAGAAACAACAGUUUAGAAGGUGCUAUCCCAGAAAGUUUCAAAAACCUGGGUUAUUUACAAGUACUGGAUCUAAGUCACAAUAAACUGAGCGGUUCAGCCCCUUCACUUCUCUUCAACCACCCAUCUCUUCAACAGCUCACUCUCUCCUUCAAUUACUUCACCACCGUACAGUCACCAGCACCGAUUACUCCUUCAACCACCAUCCAGAGUGAGCUGAUAGCCAUUGAUUUAAACAACAACCAGCUUCAAGGGUUUUUACCCUCGUUUCUGGCCUUAAUGCCAAAGCUCUCUGCAUUAUCACUGGAGAACAACAAAUUUACAGGGAUGAUACCAACCCAAUUCGCCAUUAAAACAGCAGUCCCCGGAUCCGGAAUCUCGGCGUUUGAGAGGCUGCUGCUGGGAGGGAACUACUUGUUUGGACCGAUACCGGUGCCGUUAAUGAAGCUGAAAGCAGGAAGUGUGGAUGUGAGACUGAACGAUAACUGCUUGUACCGGUGUCCAGUUACCUUGUUUUUCUGUCAGGGCGGUAAGCAGAAAUCGUUAACGGAGUGUAAAAGCUCUAGCCCCUUUAUUCCCUAAACAAAUCCUAUCUCUUGUUCUUCUCGCUAUUAAUAUGAUCUAUUGCUCCACGUGA